AUGUCCGCCUGCGUUCAUCGACAUUUGCUGGAUCUUGUGCAGGAAGAAGGACGUUGGAUCUUGACGAAUCCAGGUCGCAUGCACCGGGUUGCAGCCGCUUUUCGGCAUGAUGCUCUUACUCCUUCGAUCGCCUUCUUCAUCGGCCAUCAGUACAAGGCUCAAGCGUUACAGACCCUCAUUCCGGACCAUGGUGACUUUGCCCACCACUCGCACGGCAUUGCAAACUUGCUGGGUGCGAAAAAGUCACUGAUCACGGACUUCCCUCUCUUGUAUCUGGAUUGUACACCUGGAGCGACAUGUACCAGUCUGACCAGUACCUCCAAUCUCACGAGCAUAGUAGCAACGCUACACGUCAAUCUCAUAUUCCCACUGUGUCACGUCGUAUGUGUCUUUGUGGACGAUUUCGUGGACGCUCGCGCAUGCCAGUCGUACAUCGAAAAUCGGCUCCGAAAAUUCGCUCAAGGUGAACCCUCACCGUGCACGCUGCAACCAAGGCUGGUGCUGGUCACUUCCAAUGCCGACAACUUGUCCUCUUUGGGACAAAUCGAGUCACACCAGGACUUCAGCCAUGUCUUCGACAGUUUGGACAUAUUAUGCGUCGAUAAGCCGGAUAGUAUCCAACCUAUAGCGGUCGAAGUCGCCAAAUCGCUGCAGCACACCCGGCGCACGAGGUCGCAAGGUCACUUGCUCUUUUCUCUUCGGCAUCUAGGCACAAUACUCGACACAGCUAUUACGUCCGAUCUGGCACCAAUCGACCUUUUCGAGAUGCACCAGCCUGUUCUAGACGUGGUCCAGGACAAUCGCGCUGUAGCCCAUCUCCGACACGCCCUAGUCUUAUAUCAGACUUGUCUUGAUCAGCAGGGUUUUAUUGAUCUGGUUGCAUCAGCCCUUCUUGUGCAGUGCUAUCCAAGGUCUGUUCACAGAUUUGCGCCAAGCAUCGUCUUUGAGCGGAUCGUUCGUCAGCUCAUCAUGCGUAUGAACACGCCUGACUCGCCCGUAUGUUCUGUCGAUCAGCUCCACGAUAAGUUCUGUCAGCUCUUUCGACGACUGAACCUGUCAGUGACACCUCAUGAUGUUCGUCGUAAAUUACUUUUGAAACACAAGACAACUUGCACUGCUCUGCAAACGACCCAGACAUGUCUGUGGUGUCUGCUCAAACCUGCUGAACGAGCUCUACGGUGUGGACACUGUUUGUGUGAGGGUUGUCUAGAAGCGUAUUACAACCCUGGACAUGGUGUUUACUCCUAUCGGGUGGAUCGUUGCUUUAUUUGUGGCCUAAACGUCAACACGGUGUUAAAAGUCAAACCACCGACCGCGAUGCCGUCCAUCCUGAGCAUUGACGGUGGUGGUGUCCGCGGCAUUGCCGGGCUUGUGCUAAUGAAGCGCGUUCAAGAAGCAUUGGACGUCCCAUGGCCGCUUUGGCGCUUCUUCGACUUCGUGGUGGGGACCAGUGUUGGAGGCGUCAUCGCACUCGAUUUGGCCAUCGGUCAGCACUCUCUCGAACAGAGCAUUGCUCGCUUUCUCGGAUGGGUGUCCGACAUAUUCCCGGCGCCACCAUCUGGCAUGCCCGUCUGGCGUCACAAACUACGUCAAUUUUGGGCAUGGGUGGCUCGUGACAGUAUUUACGAUUCGGAACGAUUGGAGAACGUCAUGAAGGAAGCUUUUGGCAAGACGCAACACCUGUUUAGUGUCGAGGGUCAGCACUGGUCGGGCAUCAAGCUGGGGAUCAUGGCGACUGAGGUGUCUCGUUCUGAGUUGCGAAUCUUUACCAACUACAACGGGAUUGGUCGGUGUGAAAGUGACAGCGGUAAGCCUACUGACAUGACGGACUGGCAGAAUGUUAAGUUUCGCACAGGCUACAAGCUCCUACGACCGCCCGUGGUUGACGAGGAACCACUCGUGUUCGAAGUAGCUCGUGCUACCGUGGCUGCUCCUCCCUAUUUUCGCCCCAAGCAAUUACGCGGUCACGAACCCGUCCAGGAUGGCGGUCUCCGAGCAAAUAAUCCCAGUGAGCAAGCUCUGUGGGAGCUAUCUGCUAUCUGGCCUGGCCAUGCCCGACCUUCCUUGGUGCUCUCUGUUGGCACAGGGUACCACGAUACCCCUCCUCAUAAGCUCGCCACGCAAAGUGCUUGGCGUAGUCGCGGUAUGCCGCGAAUUGUCCGCUCAUUCAUGAUGUCUCCAUGCCUCCACGGGCAAAACAGCUGGAAAGCCUUGCUCAACCGACUCGAUCAUUCCGCCCGCAAAAGCUUUAUUCGUCUCAACCUCGAGUUCGAAGACGAAGAGCCAGCGCUGGAUAAUGCAGCUGAAAUUCCAUCGUUGCGAGCUCGAGCAGAAUCAUGCUACAUUGAUGUUGUCCUUUCACAGACCAGUAUCUGGGCGUCGGCGUUUUUCUUUGAGUUGACGGGACGACCUCAGCUUUUCUGCGGCUAUUACAUCUGUCAUGGAGUGAUACUGUGCAAAUUUGAGGACGCUCGUCAACUCCUGCGUGCCAUUCGAAAAGCAUAUCCGUUGCAUCAGCUAGCAGUGGGAACACAAGGAUUGGUCGAGUUUGGUACGGCUGGGGAUUACUGCGGAGAGUGCGGCUUGUUCCAGCAGCGUAUCAGACUGGAGACUAAAACUCUUCUGACUCCCGUCGAUGUCGCACUGCAUUAUGAUACCCAUACGAGGCGCCACUUGUCGUCCUUUCCCAACUCCAUCGAAUGGUUUGUAGCACGGCAGUCUGCAUCGGGCGAGUUUCGGACAUGGGAGUCCGUGAUGCGCUGUGCUUGCAAGCGAACGUCGCGUAAGCGACGCGUGACUUGGACGUCCUCGAGCAUACCGAAGAGAAGGAGAUGCUAUUGA